AUUAGCACCAGAUAACAAAAGCUCCGGCUUUUGGCUUUUAUCCUUCCUUGCUUCCUCCGUCCACCCAAACCUCUCCCUUAUCCGCCCUCAAAUCCCUUUCGUUCCCUUCCCAUUUCAACGAAGUAAUACUCCACAUUCCCCCCCUCAACCUAAUAAUCUGUUCAAAUGGCGGCAAUGGCGGCAACCACGGCUUCCCUCACUGCAGCAAAGCUCCUUCGCUUCCAAUCUCCUUCAUUAUCCCCGGCAGCUCGCUUUCAAUCCGCAACCCUUCCAGGCCGCCUUGUUUUCCCUUCCAAACCCCUCCGGUCUUGCCGGAACCUUCGCUUCAUCGCAUCCGCCUCCCCUUCGGUCGCAACAGUUUCCAUUUCAGUUGGCGACAAGCUUCCGGAUGCUACCUUGUCUUACCUGAACUCUGCAGACGAAGUUCAGACUGUCUCCAUCUCCGAUCUCACCAAGGGUAAAAAAGCUGUCUUUUUCGCCGUUCCGGGAGCCUUUACGCCAACCUGCUCCCAGAAGCAUCUCCCCGGUUUUGUCGAGAAGGCCGGGGAGUUGCGGGCUAAAGGCGUGGAUACCAUCGCCUGCAUCUCGGUCAAUGACGCCUUUGUGAUGAAGGCUUGGAAGGAGAAACUUAAGAUUGGUGACGAGGUGCUGCUGCUAUCUGAUGGCAACGGGGAGUUUACUCGGGCUCUGGGCGUCGAACUUGAUCUCAGGGAUAAGCCCGUGGGGCUUGGCGUCAGGUCUAGGCGCUAUUCUUUGCUCGCGGAGGAUGGGGUGGUCAAGCUACUAAACCUGGAGGAAGGUGGCGCUUUCACUGUUAGCGGCGCGGAUGACAUUCUCAAGACCCUCUGAGUGUUUCUUUUCUCUGCUUCCUUUGACUUUAGCUAGUUAACACGGUCGGAACUUUUAGUUUGUUUUUCAUGUUAGCCUUUUUUUUUCGUAAUCACGUUGCUUGAGUGCGGAUAUGUUCGAAAGCUUUAUGGACAUGGCUUUGGGUUUUGGGUUCAAUUUCUUUUGUUGCUGCUAAUGUUGCAUGCAUAUGAUAUGUUUGCUUAAAUGCCCAACAACGACAGCCAACCAAAGAUGAACUUUUUUAUCAU